AUGAAGAGGAUGCAUCUUCUCUGUGACCGCCUUUGGGCCUGGGUUCUCCUUAUGAGCACACUAACUGGACAAAGCUAUGGACAGUCAACUUCCUUACAAGAUGAAAUUAAGGACAACACAACAAUAUUCACUCGAAUUCUGGACCGCUUGCUUGAUGGUUACGAUAACCGCCUGAGACCCGGAUUGGGAGAGCGUGUAACUGCAGUGAAGACCGACAUCUUUGUCACCAGCUUUGGGCCUGUUUCAGACCAUGAUAUGGAAUACACAAUAGAUGUAUUUUUCCGGCAAAGCUGGAGGGAUGAAAGACUGAAGUUCAAAGGACCCAUGCAAGUCCUCCGACUUAAUAAUUUAAUGGCCAGCAAAAUAUGGACACCUGAUACUUUUUUCCACAAUGGAAAGAAAUCAGUAGCUCACAACAUGACUAUGCCUAACAAACUCCUGCGGAUUACAGAAGAUGGGACACUGCUCUAUACAAUGAGACUCACAGUGAGAGCAGAAUGUCCAAUGCAUUUAGAAGACUUUCCUAUGGAUGCACAUGCUUGCCCUUUGAAAUUUGGAAGCUAUGCUUAUACGAAAUCAGAGGUGAUGUAUGAAUGGACACGGGAACCAGCAAGAUCUGUUGUAGUAGCUGAGGAUGGCUCUCGGUUGAAUCAAUAUGAUCUCAUGGGACAAACCGUAGAUUCUGGAAUUGUGCAGUCCAGUACAGGAGAGUAUGUUGUGAUGAUGACCCAUUUCCAUCUGAAGAGAAAGAUUGGUUACUUUGUCAUUCAAACAUACCUGCCGUGCAUCAUGACAGUGAUUCUAUCCCAGGUAUCCUUUUGGCUCAACAGAGAAUCCGUUCCAGCAAGAACUGUGUUUGGAGUGACAACUGUGCUGACAAUGACCACCCUGAGCAUCAGCGCACGGAAUUCUCUCCCCAAGGUGGCUUACGCCACUGCUAUGGAUUGGUUCAUAGCCGUGUGUUAUGCGUUUGUUUUCUCGGCACUGAUUGAAUUUGCAACGGUGAACUACUUUACAAAGAGAGGCUAUGCAUGGGAUGGCAAGAGUGUGGUUCCUGAAAAGCCAAAGAAAGUAAAGGAUCCCCUGAUUAUGAAAAACAACUCGUUCACAGCACCAGCGACAGCAACUAGCUUCACCGCUAAUAUCGCAAGGGACCCUGGACUAGCUACCAUUGCUAAAAGCGCAACAAUAGAGCCAAAAGACGUCAAAGCUGACGCAAAACCUCCAGAACCCAAGAAAACUUUUAACAGCGUCAGCAAAAUUGACCGACUAUCAAGAAUAGCAUUCCCAUUGCUUUUUGGGAUUUUUAAUUUAGUGUAUUGGGCUACCUAUUUAAAUAGGGAGCCCCAGCUUAAAGACCAAAACCCUCCUCCUCACUAA